UAUAGCACAAUAAACUUUUUUUUAUUUAAAAAAAAUAGAACUGUUGAGGCGAUUUGAGUAAUAAUUCACUAUUUUUUUUUUAUUUAUUCAUCAGACCAUAGAAAUGCACUAAUGAUUUGGCUCUUAGACAUCAAUUUAGAAACGCCAAAUCUCUCUCUUUCUCUUCGCCACCCCCCUCCUUUAAAACGUUGGUUCAUUUUGAUCAGCUCAUAUUGGUUCUAACCUCUGAAUAACUGUCUUCCAAAAAGGGCCCCGGGUGUGGCAACUUAGACGCUGUCGUUUUCAUCUCCUCUUUCAUUUGGAUUCAUCCUCAUCCUAGUUUUUCAUCUCUCUUUCAUUCAUUCAUGUCUGAUUAUUAUUGAUCAAAUCCACCAGUUUUCUGAUAAUUCAGUUUAGCCCUUCAUCCAAAUGGAAACAGAGGUCCAAACUGUUCAUCCCACCGAUAAUAGCAGCAGCACAAACACUUUCACGUAUCUGGGCCGGACCUUCAGCGGCCUCACCGUCAACGACGACCACUCUUCGUCGGCUUUCAGUGACUGUAACAGUGACAGAUCCGGCGAAUUCCCCACCACCUCCUCCCAGAGCCGCCGCCUCCUCAUCUCCUGCGCUUCCGAUAAUUCCGACGAAUUGAUCAACCAGCUCGUCUCCGAUCUCAGCUCUUCCUCCUCCCCCGAAUUGCAGAAGCAAGCCGCGCUGGAGCUCCGGCUGCUCGCCAAGAACAAGCCGGAGAAUCGAUUCAAGAUUGCCAGAGCAGGGGCUAUCAAGCCAUUGAUUGAAAUCAUUUCCUCCGGCGAUUCGCAGCUUCAGGAGUACGGCGUCACCGCGAUUUUGAACCUCUCGCUCUGUGACGAAAACAAAGAUGCGAUUGCGGCGGCCGGAGCUAUAAAACCCCUAAUUAAGGCUCUGAAAUUGGGGACUUCUACGGCGAAAGAGAACGCCGCGUGUGCACUGUUGAGACUUUCUCAAGUGGAUUCGAAUAAGAUCGCAAUCGGGCGGUCCGGUGCGAUUCCGCCGCUGGUGAAUCUUCUAGAAACCGGGAAUUUCCGCGGCAAGAAGGACGCGUCGACGGCGCUCUAUUCGUUGUGUUCGGUGAAGGAGAACAAGGUAAGGGCGGUUCAAGCCGGGAUAAUGAAGCCGCUGGUGGAAUUGAUGGCGGAUUUCGGGUCGAACAUGGUGGAUAAAUCGGCCUUUGUUCUAAGCCAGCUGAUGUCGGUGACGGAAUCCCGGGCGGCGUUGGUGGAGGAAGGCGGUAUCCCGGUGCUGGUGGAGCUCGUCGAAGUAGGGACCCAACGGCAGAAGGAGAUUGCGGUUUCCAUACUUUUGCAGCUUUGUGAAGAUAGUCUGACUUACCGGACUAUGGUGGCUCGGGAAGGCGUAAUUCCUCCGUUGGUUGCUCUGUCUCAGACCGGAACCAGCCGAGCUAAACAAAAGGCGGAGAUGCUGACUGCACUUCUACGGCAACCUAGAUCCGGUAACAGCGCUGCCAGGGUGACAUCCGAUGUGUCAGUUUAGCUGGAAACUGGAUGUUUUUUUUUCACGACCCCCUCCAUCUAAUUAUAGCUGUCCAACUUCCGGUCGCCAAGGAAAAGGGUCUCUCUCUUCUCCCAUAUUUGUUCCGUCUUAAAAUGAUUGAGGUGUUUAGCGAAUAACAAAAAAGAUUGAAAAUAGAGAAUGGAAAAAAAAAAAAAAAUAGAUAGGCUAAAACACUGUAAAUAUGCAGUCAAUUGUAAAGGGAAAAAGAAAAUGAACGUUGUAAAUUUGGGCAAAAACCAAUCAUCGUGGAAAUGGUUUGGUUUUUAAUUUUGGCCUUGGGAUUUUUUUUUUUAUUUUGUUUUUUUUUUUGGGGGAAUAGAAAUGGGAGUUUUGGAAUUAUGAAUGAGUGUUGUUAUUUGGGUUCCUAUUGAUAUGAUCAUUGUUUGGCGUUGGGAAAUGCCUUUAUCAUUCUUUUUUAAAAUCCUAAAUUUUGAAUGGUAUGAUGGCAAUUAGCAUGACUGUCUUCAUCAACUUUUAUUCCUGAUAACUUUCAAUGUUCAGGAAGUUAUCACUUAUCAGCACCCCAUUAAAGUUUACAAAAAAUUACAGAGUUGUCUACCGUCAUUUUCAUUUUGUACUCCCUCCGUUCCAAAAUAAGUAUCGUUUUAGUAAAAUGGAGAAAUUUCAAAAUAAGUGUCGUUUUCACAUUUCAAUGCAC